AUGGCAUCGAGUUCUAGUACGUACAAUGUUUAUAUACCAGGUGAUAUAAUUCCGACUGCAGAAACAAAAAUUAAACUUGCAGAUCGUAUUUUAAUUUCUCCUCUUGUUUUGGGUACUGCGGCUUGGGGGGAUAAAAAAGUAUGGACUUGGAGUGAAGAAUGUGAUGCAAAAGCUAAAGAAGCAUUUGAUAUGUCUAUAUCAAAAGGUAUUAAUACUUUUGAUACAGCUGAAGUAUAUGGUAACGGUGAAAGUGAACGUUCUAUUGCUCGAUACAAAACAAAUCAUCCUAAUGCAGGAGAUAUUGUUCUUGCUACAAAAUUUCUUCCUUAUCCUUACAGAUUUUCUUAUCCAAGUUCACUCAUUAAUGCACUUCGAGCAAGUCUGGAUAGAUUACAGGUUGAUUGUGUUGAUCUCUAUCAAAUUCAUGGUCCUAUUCAUUUUCGUUCAAUUGAAGUUCUUGCUGAUGCAUUAGCAGAAGCAGUUAAACUUGGUUUGACAAAGACUGUUGGUGUUUCAAAUUAUUCAACAGAUGAAAUGAUUAAAAUGUAUGAUUGUUUACAAAAACAUGGUAUUCAACUUGCAUCAAAUCAAGUUGAAUUUUCACUUCUUCGACGUUUACCAGAAACAUCUGGACUUAUUGCUGAAUGUCAUAAACGAGGUAUUGCUGUUCUUGGAUAUUCUCCUCUUGCUAUGGGUCGUCUUACUGGUAAAUAUUCAGCAGCAAAUCCACCUCCUUCAGGUCGUCCUUUCUCUAAUAUUAAUAUGGAUGAAUUAGAGCCAAUAUUAGAAACAAUGCGACGUAUUGCAAAUAAGUACAAUGUUAGUGUUUCAUCGGUGGCUUUGAAUUAUGUCAUAUGUAAAGGUGUUAUUCCACUUGGUGGUGCUCGAGAUGCUAAACAAGCUGAACAAAAUACUGGUGCUUUAGGAUGGCGUUUGACAAACGAAGAAAUCGUUGAACUCGAAAGUUAUCGUUUUAAUCCAGCCAAUGCAUUUUGGCAACGAUUUUGGCAACAUGGUUAA